AUUGUUCUCAUCCAUUCUCUGAUAUUCUUUGCAAAUCAAAUACAAAUUAAGUCAAAUGAAAAAUAACAAAUUUACAAUUUUAUAUUUACUAUACGUUUAUACAAACGAAAUAUAAAAUAAAGAAAAUUUUAUAAAUAAAACAAUUAAUUAUAAUGAAAAUAAUAUUAAACAUCUUAACAGUAAUGGUCCAGUUGUGUGCAAGUGAUAGUUCAGUUUAUGAUUGGCAAGUGAAAACCAUAGAACGUGAUUCAGAUUUUGCCGAUGAUUUUAAAGUGCAAACAGCUUUAAAUAAAGAGCGACAGCAAGAUCUUUUAAAAAUUUCGGGCAAAACAAAUAAAAUAGAUUAUUAUCCCAAUUCUUUUAAUACACAAUUUAAUACUAAAAAACUUGAUGGAAGCCGUAAUAAAGCAAGUGGCGUUAAUGAUAAAAUUAUUGAGAAAAAUAAAAAAUAUGAAGACAACUUAAAUUCAAUGUCCAAUUUUGAUCAAAUGAAAAAUUCUGCCAAGAAAUUUGAAGCCAAAAAUAAAGAAGAAUAUAAGUCUAAUAAUAAUGAUAUUAAUGAUCAUUAUGAUUACAAUGCUGAUCAGUUUUAUUCGAAAUUUAAAGAUGAUCUGCUCAAAGAUCAGAAAGAUAAUAGAAAUUAUAAAUAUGCUGUUUCUGAUCGUAGAGAUUUUAAUCAUAAACUAUUAGAUUAUCAUGAUGAGGAUAAUAAUAGUUAUCAUGAUUUAAAUCAUUUAGAGCAUAAUUCAUAUAAACAAUCUAAAGAUCAUCACUCAAUAGAUGAAGAGAUUGAAGAGAUAGAGAAAACUUCAAAUAUAGAAAAGCAAGAUCGUCCUCUAAUAAAUCAUUGUUCGGGUAAAUAUACGGAUAUUGAGAGUUUUGUGGGUACAAAUCUUUUUGAUAAUAGUGCCAAAAGAUGUUUCACUAGCGAAGAAGUGGCUUUAUUGGCCAUUCGUAAAGAUUUCGAAAGUCUUAUACCCAAAGAUUUGCCAGAAUGUUUGCUAAAUGAUCACAUGGUGGCUCUGUUACUAAAUUACUUUUAUAUCUGUCAUCAAAUGUUAUUGAAAACCACUUCGUUGGGCUCUAAGCAUUUAGUACAAAAAGCUUUUUAUGACACUUUAGGUGGCUAUUUAAAUUUCUAUAUGGUACCGCUAACAAAAUACUCCUACUAUGCUGGUCAAAUAAGCCUUAAUACUGCCCAGCAAAUUUUAACUUUACAUCAAGAAUCUAAACAAUUUCUUAAUACCAAUGGCAAUGGUUGGAAAGCUCCUUUACAAAAUGUUCUAUUGGAAUUAAAAUCAGUACAUAUAGAACCAUUGCAUAUGGCUGAACAGCUUGAGGAUAACUGUAAUGAGCCUUCAUUUUGUAUGCUUCUAGAUAUAACUGCAGAUGUGAGUCAAUCCACUGAUGAACAAAUGAUUGUUCAACUACCGAAUUUGGAUGAAGAGGAUUUGAAUGGUUAUUUGGGUAAUUUAUGGUUGCCGUUUAGACGUAAAAGAAUAUUUGAUUUAAAAUCGCAAAGUUCUGCUUAUGUUUUGGUAAAAUUUUAUGAAACUGUUAGCAAAUGUUAUCGAUUCGAAAAUAUCGAUCAGCAACAUUAUAACCAGCAAUUUAAAAUAUGGCUAGUGGAAAAUAUAAACAUACAUUUAUCGGAUGAACAAUUUUAUCCAGGUUUAGGAGCUGUAUUACGAAUUUAUGAAUAUCUUAAAAGAGCUACUAAAAAAGAUACCAACUCGUUUGGCGAUAAUUUAGCUGAGUUGCAAAGUACAGAUGAAAGUUUUUCGAAACAGCCAAGUCCACAAAUUAGAAGUAGAAAAACUCAUAAUAUUAAGAGAACUAAACAAAGAAUUUUAAAUGGAAAAAAUCGAUCCGAGGAAACAAACGUAGAGCCAAGAGAAAGAAAUCAAACUAAAGAAAAAGAUGUUAAGAUACCACUUCAAAUUAAUCUUGAGAUAACAAAAGAUGCCUUUGAAACCCAAACUAAUGCUAUUUCUUCAGAAAUAGAAGAUAAUAAACUGGAUAACGCGGCCCAAACAAACUUCACAAAAUCUAAAUCUUUACUGCGUACCAUAGACUACUUAACACCACCACAAAUCGCCGUUAUAGCCAUACCAGUUGUUGCCAUUAUAUUGGUGGUAACAAUUUGCUGUUGCAAAAGUUUUUGCAAGAAAAAGAAAUCUCAGCCACAACUUAAAACCAAAAAGAAUUCCUCUUCAUCGUCUUCUAUUCUUUUAAAUUCACCAGUACGUUUCUUUCAUAUAAGAAAGAAAUCCCUUUCAGAUUACUCAACAACAGAACCGGGUAACAAAAAGAUUAAAAAAUCUGUAAAAAUUGAAAAGAAGCCUUUGUUAAAUUCAGAUACCUCAGCCUCAAGUAGUCCAGUGAGAAAUAAAAAAUCUCUAGACAAGGCAAAAGCAAAGGAUAUUGGCAAGAGUAAUAGUAAAUCUAGUUGGGAAACAAUGUAUUCCUCAAAAUAAGGGGCAUAAGAAACGUUUUGAAGUCUAGCGAAAGUUGUGUUAUUUUAUAAUUUACAGGUUUAUUUAUUUGUAUUUAUAUUUCUAACAUUUUAAUAAAUAUCAUAAUAAAACAAUUAAUCUAUUUCCACAUC